AUGGAUGCUGCCACGCCCUAUGACUUCUCGGGAUCCUCCUGCAGCCGCGAGGCCACGCAGGUGCGAUUCAUGUAUUUUUCGCCGGAGGAGAUCAAGUCGCUGAGCACCGUGGAGGUGAACGAUGUCUCCACCUUCGAUGAAUGGGGCGCUCUUGCCUUAGUCGUGAUGUAA